AUGGUAGCAGGACCUCAAGAACCAGAUCGAAUUGCCUUAAUCGUCUUAUAUUUUGUUAUCUUUACUAUUGGCUUUGUUGGCAAUUCCUUGGUUUGCUUUAUUAUCCUGACUAAAAGGGUAGCCAUUACAACAACAACUAUUUUCCUAUGUAAUUUAGCCUUUAUCGAUUUAAUCUUACUUUUAUCACUAGUACCGAUGAAAGUGGCUCGCCAAUUUACACUAGGUUAUAUCUUAGGAACAGCAUUAUGCAAAAUUGAAGGCUAUCUAGGAACGGUUUGUUUAGCUAAUGCAUCCCUAACUUUAGUGGUCAUGGGAGUGGAUAAAUAUAUUGCUAUUGCUAAACCAUUCAAAAGGCAUUACUUUCGUAAACGAUGGGCAAUUGCUAUCGUCUGCAUCAUCUGGAUAUUAACGUCCUUGGUUAUGAUGGUGCCAUUAAUUAAUAAUGCUGUGGAGUAUUUCUAUUAUCAGCCAGCUGCAACAUGCAUCGGUUUCUGCUAUUCCUACUGGAAUUCAUUAGUUGCAGCCCGUAUUUAUUACGUUUUUGUUCUAUCCUUUGAUUUCAUCUGUCCAUCUUUGAUGAUAAUUUAUUUCUAUUCUACCAUCGCCAUCUAUGUUAUUAAGACAAAACGUAUGCAUCGCUAUGGCUUAGUCAAGAAAUUCUAUUCUAGGCGGAAAAGGCAAAUCUUGAAAAUGCUAAUUGCGGUGGUGGCUGCUUUUUAUGUCUGUUGGACACCUUACAGUAUCUUAACCCUCUUACGGGUCUUUCGUACAAUUAAUAUAAAUACUGUGCCUUAUUUACGACAACUGAGUAAUUAUUUCCUCCUGCUAACAUUUUGUAGUGCUGCUAUUAAUCCAAUUAUUUAUGGUUUAUAUCAUGAAAACUUUAAAGCAAGUAUGAAAUUAAUGUAUAGCGCAUCAACUCGAACUCAUUCCUAUACCAUUUCUCGUACUCGAACAAUCAGUCGUACGUCGACGGCUGGCAGUUUUAAUGCACGAAAUGCGGAAAGGCAAAAAAGUAUUAUGCGCCAUAAAUUGGCUGUCUUGCGGGCUAAUUCUAACCAGCAAUCAGAAGUAGCUAAAGUUUAA